AUGGCGCAUCUCCAGCUGCAGGCGGCGGCCGUGGCGGUUCUGGCGGCGCUCGUGGCGGGGGUCUGCGCGCAGGUCGGCCCGGCGCAGAGCUUCGCCCGGCCCGACAGGCUGGACGUGGACAGCGCCAUCAACGACGAGGCGCGCUUCCAGGAGGCCAUGCGCUGCAUCCUGGAGGGCGACGACUACAAGUUCUGCGACCAUCACACUGUCGGCAUCAAAUAUGAUGGCUGGCGGAUGCUGGAACGCGGGUGCAGCGGUCCCUGCACGCCGGACGAGCUGUCGGUGUACAGGUUCCUGGCACACGUGUCCCACAACAAGCCGGAGCAGUGGAAGCAGAUACUGGACAAGUUCGACCCGGACGGCAAGCUCAAGCAGAACAACAGCCAACAGUGGAGGGAGCACGGAAUUAAAGUGUAGUCCCUGCAGUGCGACGCAAGAAAAAAAAAAAAAAAAAAAACCUGUACUGAACUGCUCCUAUACAAAAAAUAAAUAUUUUUUUAAAGAACAGUGUAUACUUUACUUAGUAAACAGAGGCAGUGGAAGAUAUACACCGGUGAAAGUUUGUCAUGUGAUUAAAAUCAGUGUUUGUUGAAUGUAAAUUUCACAAUGAAAGGUCGAUUACAGUUUUAACUGACGCUCUCUGUCGUGUCCUAUCGAAUGAAGGAGGUUGAUAGUAAAUUAGAAUGAAAUAUAAGCUCUACUGACAAAGAA